AUGUGGAAGCGAAUCCUGUUGCUUUGGUGCCCGCUCGGCGCGCUCGCGGCCGUGAACGAGUCCAUCUCGUGGGGCACGCUGUUGCCGUCGCGGCCCCCGCGCCACGUGACGCAGGUGACGCUCACGACCGACUGUCGCGGCGUCAACUUUACCUCGACCAGUGACGACGACACCAUCACGUUCGACGGCGUCGCCGCAACCAAUUGGACCAUCGAGUUUCCGUCGUGCGUCUGGUUUCCAGAUGGCCGCGUCGCGCGCGGCGCCGACGUCUCGGCCGUCGACGCACGUGGGUCGCUCAAGUUUGGCUACUUGUACGCGAUCCGAAACAACCUCACGGUCGAUUAUGUGGAGCACUUGCCGUCGCAUGCGUCGACCAUCAUUUUGGACAACUUGGGGAUCAACGCGCUUCACGACGACCUCUCGACCGACGAUCGCGGCCGUCCCGUCAUUGCCAACCGCGUUCAAAUGGUCAAUAACGCCAUCACGACGAUCAGCGGCGUCCGCUUUCCCGACACGAUCGACGUCUUGUAG